AUGAGAUUCUGGUUCGUCUUACUGCUCGGUGCACUGUUGUCUGGCCAGUGCAUUUCCACCGACGAUGCGUACAAGGAGCUGGAAAGUUGUGGUGUUAAGUUGUUCAGCUUCAUUAUGGCACGACUUCAGCAACAGAUUGAAGAGUAUACUGCAUGCCAACAGUUAAAUGCCGGCGAUUCCAAUUAUAGCUGCAGCGAAAGUAUUCAACGUGCGACGGUCGACAUACAACAGGCACUGCUGAGCUAUAUGGAGUGUACCAAGGAUAUACGGUAA